AUGAAGAUGGCGGGUAACGAAAGAGAGGUGUUUAUGAAAGGAAAUACUCUACGAGAGUUUGAAAGGCUUAGAAAAAAAUCUAGCAGUGUCUCAGAAGGUCGUUUACACUGGACGAAAGAUGAUGAACUGAUUGAACUUGAACAAGAAUAUAACGAAUUAUUAAAACAAAAAGAGGAAUUGACAAAGAGAGUGAAUGAAGGAUCUUUAUUAAACCAACUUCAUUGUUAUGUUCAGAAACAUGCAGAAGAUGGAAUUGCUUCCCUCGGUGAUCUUGCAGAUGAAAACAAUCUCUGCAAAGCAAUUGAACUCGUCAAAAAGAAAAAGUUGAUGGAGACUUAUAAUAUAUAUCGGUUGACUGGCUUGGCAUUUGUGUUGUUGGAUGAAAACUGCGUACGUUUUUGUUUGGACACAUUUUAUAAAGAAUGUUACCAUGAACCUUUCUAUAUUGAAAUUAAAAUUGAAGAUGAAAAAGUUCAGAUAUUAAAACACACCAUUCCAUUCUUUAUACCACUUGAGGAAAUCCACCAGAAAUAUAAAACUUCUGCUUGCAUCAAGGAGUUACUUGCAGUCAUAAGUGGGUAUCUGAAGGCUUUUGUUUCAAGAAGACAACAGUGUGCUCAGGUGAAAUCUGAAAGAGAUGACUAUUCUGUGAAAGAUUUCUAUGCCACACCUGCAUUUGAUUUUGUUAAAUUUGCACUGAAGUUUUCUAGAGAUGAUUCUCCAGGCUUUGAAGUGAAGCUUAAAUACAGCAAUCUCAAUCAAACACUGCCAAACGCUGUGGACCUAAAAUGCUUUGAAAAUUGCGAAGAUGUUCAAGACAACAAGUUAAAAGAUGAUCUUCGAGGAAAUCUGCUUUCUUUGGAAAUAAAAGAAGCAAUUUUAAACACUCUUUGGUGCUGUUGUUCAUAAGAGGAAAUUAGGCUGGCAUGGUUAAUUGUACAUAUAAAGAAAUAUUUAUUCAGAAAUGGUGUUGUCUGGAUGGUACAUGUAAAAUAUAGCAAAUA